AGUAUUCAGAGCAGAAUUGUGUUCGCAACAUAAGCCAGUAGCCUAUGUGUUCGUCACACAUACACAUAAGAGCAAGCACAUACACCAAAAACUGUACGUUUCACUGAUCGCUGAUAUGUGGAAGUUCAUACUUUUAACGAUUGUUUUUGUCUGGAGUGGGAUUGGUGACGAGAUCAAGUUGGGCAGAGAAGUAGACAAGCGAUGCUACGAGAACACAAGUGUGACUGAGCCUGUAAUUAUAGGAGGAACAGUGCGGAUGAUUUGUGACCCAUGUGAAACACACGGGUACGGUGUUCAGUGGAAGCAAGAGCUCGGGACUUGGGAAAAGUCUAAACUCAGUGGAAUUGGGUUCGAAGUCAAGGACAACGAGAUCACUGUGGGACGAUAUAUUCUCAACUGGGACAUGAGUUUCUCCAUCUACGACGUUGAACCUGGCGAUACUGGGCGCUACAGAUGCUCCAAAAAGGAUGAAAUCUUUAGUUGGCACGAGGUUAUUGUGUACGAUCCCUCCGAGUUCCUUGUGGUGGAUACCAGGGAGAAUCAGAGACCACUAGAUUAUCCAAUGAACAUUGAAACCAGGUGGACCGACUGGGGUCCGUGCACUCAAUGCGAUGAGCCGGGAACCCGCGAACGCAUAGGGUUUUGUUACCUAGGGGAAAGCCCUCUCACGGAAUAUCACAACGGAAUGCCAUGCGAUUAUCUUUUUGACUGGGUGGGGGAUUUAACAGGAGACACUCGUCACCAGAGGAUGAUCGAGCACUGCAGUGUCACAUGCAGAGAAGCCGACAGGCUAAGGCGACACAAGAAAGUGCAGCCUUAUUUUCAUCCUUUCAAGUGCAUGUUGGAAAUAGAAUUCCAUCACAUAAAGAUGCUCGUCGUGUACGAAGGAGACACUCUAAGGAUGAAAUGUCACUACUGUGCUGAGUUGUAUGGCGGUGUCAAGUGGUAUCGGGUCGAUCCCCAUGACCCUAGAAGCUUUAGAAUGAUGCAUUUCGACUGGCACGACAACGACGACGAAAACAAGUUUGUCUUGAACUAUGACAUGUCCAUGGAGAUCCGUCAAGCCGAAAUGAGCGAUGAUGACAGAUAUGGAUGUGCUGGGAAAAAUGGAACUCACGCCGAAUAUACUGUUGUGGUCAAGAAGCGCCCCACUGAGAUGCACGUGGUGGACAUGACGAAGAACCAGAAGCCGUACAGCCAAUUAAGGGACAACACCUACUUGCUGUAUACGAUGUGGAUGGAGUGGGGACCGUGCAGUAGUCCGUGCGGCAAACCAGGCACUCACAUUCGUCUCGGUCACUGCUAUUCCAUUGCGCCCCAGGUCACGGGCAGGUUGGGCAAGGUGUUCCCCACCGGUAUACCUUGCCAUUAUAAGACGCCCGAGAAUUUCGACUGGAGCAUCAUCAAGUCGCCCCUGCUAGACGAGAAAAUGAUCGACACCUGCAACGAAUCGUGCAUUAAUAAUGUAGUGAACGUGUUUGACAGCGAUGUUCAGCGAUACGCCGCAGCUCGACGUCCGGGCCAAAAGAACCCAUGGGCGCGUCCGAAAGGAAAGCCAGUCGAUAGAGUGGAGCUAAAGGUUUUCGGAACCAUUGGGCGUAAUGUCAGCCUCGUUUGCCCGGGGGCUUCUGAGUACGCCACGACAGAGUGGAAAAACGGCAGCCGCAUGAUGGCGCCCCAGCAGCAGGAAGAGGGUGCGAGAGGGCGCGUACACUUUGACGAUCUCGAGGGCAGUUUGCAGAUUGCCAAUGUCACUUUAUGGGAUGAGCAGAUGUAUCGAUGUUACUCCAACGGUGUCCAGGCAGCUACGAUCAGACUCGUGGUUAUGAAGCCCCUGCUUGACAUACAGGCUUUCAAGAGCUCCUUCUUCCAACUGGGAAACGUGUUACAGUUCUACACCGCCAUCUUCGUGUUUGUUAUUUUCAUGAAGUGCUUGGCGAGAUGCAUACAGAACGUCCACUACAAGCGGAGUCUUAAAUCAAGACGCUGAGAACCGCCAAUAGCGCCCCCUGUUUCUCGGAUGCUCACAAACGGUCUACUUGAGAUUUCCUAUAACUUUGAAACUAAAGCGUGUUUGUACAGUUCACUCAUGUCCCUGGGAUACGAAAACCUUCGCAAUCGACAAUGUGACGUAAGUCACACUGUAAAAAAUAAUGGGUAAAACACUUUUGGGCAAUAUGAUUUUGCCCAACAUUUGUUUGAAAUUACCCAAUUUGGGUAAAAUUUUACCAACACUUGGGAAAAAUUUGCCCAAGAGUUUAACCCGUUGAUAUGUUGACCAACGUUGGUCUACCCAUUUUGCCCAACGUGUUUACAGUGCAAGGGAGGAUCCCGAACACAUUUUUGUUUGGGGGGCGGGAGCAAAAAAUUUGUCCCCAAAAGUAAGUCCAAAACAUUACGGCGUGGGGUUCGGAGCCCGCUAAGGGCCCCGAAAAAAAAUUGAAUUCUACAUGCUCUGUGGUGCGAU